UUUCAGAAACUGACGGGUCUAUAAAAUAAAUCGUAUCAAGUUGAAAAUGGAAUUCGAAUAUUAUUGUGAUUUCAAUGUACUAGUAACUCUAACUAGUAACCUGUAGUAGGUGAAGGUCCGAUCUAUCCUGUUUAUUUUUGGCUACGUAGCCUACGUGAGUGUGUGCACUGUGAAUGUUGUGGUGUGGAUUGCCUUCCACAACUUUUUCAGUGAAUGUGUAUGUCUCAUUUGACCGAGUGCCAGUCACCUUUCCCCAAUUUGGACUGUCCUAAAUAUCUGACAUCCCUCACCCAGGCCUCCACUUUGAGUUUCAGAUAUGUGGUACAUUUUUACUGUGACAUCUGUGAGUCGUGACAUUUUUGUUCUUGGCUAGUAUUAGUAAGGCUAAGAGAGUAGAAGUUUUUAGAUAGUCAAUUAGAUGAAGCAAUAAUGAGUGAUGUUUUGCAAUGGAGCUGUGAUGAUGUGGCAAGUUGGCUUAAAGAAGGAGGAUUUGAUGAGUAUGUGCCAUUACUCUGUGAGCAGCACAAAGUAGAUGGCAUAGCUUUAUUAUCAUUAACUGAAGAUGACUUAAAAAAUCCUCCCUUACAAAUACCUAUUUUUGGCCAUUUAAAGAAACUUUCACUUAAACUCUCUGCUUUAAAACGGGAAAAUACUGCAGCUUUAAGAACUUUGGGAGUAACAAAUAAUGGUGUGGAUGAAAAUUACACUAGAAAAAGAACUAGGAGUAAAAAUAUCCAUGUGGAGAGGUUAACUAGUGUUGAAUCAGAAGAUAUUGACAGUGAUGACUCUGCGUUCUUGAAACCAGCAAACAAACCUCGUAGUCGUGUAAGAUCAAAUUUUCUAGAUGCUGAAAUCUGGAAAACUGUAUUAAGUUUUUUCUAUGUAUUUUUUGUCUUCCUCUUGACAUCAUUUGUGAUGGUGAUCGUCCAUGACAGGGUACCUGAUAUGCGUAAAUUUCCACCUUUGCCUGAUCUGUUUCUGGAUAAUAUGCCUUAUGUUCCGUGGGCAUUUGAAGCAUGUGAAUUAGUUGGUAUUGUAAUGGCAGUCUGCUGGUGUGUCUUAUUAUUUUUUCAUAAACACAGGUUUAUUUUAAUGAGAAGAUUUUUCUCCUUGGCUGGAACAGUAUUUUUGCUCCGUUCUUUUACUAUGUUAAUAACAUCUAUGUCAGUACCCGGUGUUCAUUUACAGUGCAGUGGAAAGAGGUAUGGUGACAUGUGGACACGGUUACACAGAACAUUUGAAAUAUGGAAAGGAUUUGGUAUGAAUUUACAAGGUGUUAGAACUUGUGGUGAUUAUAUGUUUAGUGGUCAUACUGUGAUACUAACUUUGUUGAACUUUUUUAUAACAGAAUAUUCCUCCAAGCACAGAAUGUACUAUUUACAUAUGAUGACGUGGGUUUUGAACCUGUUUGGUAUAUUUUUUAUUCUGGCAGCUCAUGAACACUAUUCUAUAGAUGUAUUUAUGGCUUUCUACUUGACCUCUAGAUUGUUUAUGUACUACCAUACACUAGCAAAUAACAGAUCCCUUAUGCAAAGAGAUGCAAAGAGAACAAGAAUUUGGUUUCCCUUAUUUGCUUUUUUUGAAUCCAAAUGCAAUGGUGUGGUUCCUAAUGAGUUUGAAUGGCCCUUACCUAGUUGGGAUACCGCAAAGUGUUGGAUUUUAAAGUGGAAUCAGAAAUUGAAACAGUGUGAUAAUACUUAGAUGUUUAGGGUUAUGUUUCUAAAUUAUAGUUAUCUUGCCUACAUAUCAACUCAUAGUUAAAAUAGUCAGUUAACUCAUCUACAAAUGAUAUUAUACAGGUUAAAGACAUUAAAUCUUUAUUUCUAACAGAUCAAAUGAAUAAACUACAAAAUCCUUGAAAUAACGAGCAUAAGUAUCAUUAGUACACCCAUUAAUCUCCAUAUAUAUUUCUUAUAUCUCUUAAGGUUGCCGAUUGUCAUUUGCAGGAAUGUGAUUCUCUUAUAAAUUUUAAUCUUGUCAAAGUUGAAUCUCUAAAAUGAAUAUCAAUCUAAAAAUUGUUCAAUUGCAUUUAGUAUUUACAAAAAUAUGAUUUAUUCGGCAUCCUCCAGUCAAUAUAAACAAACCAAGCUGGGAGAUUAUCUACUGUUGACAUUUUAGUUUUGUUUUCCUAAUAUAAUAUUAGAUAUUCAAUUUGGCAGAUAUUUUCCAAAGAUGCAAAUGACAAUUGAGGCUUGAAAAAUCAAUGUUAUGAUUUGUAGAGGAGUUGACAUGUGAAUAAGGUAAACAUAUACUAUGUUUAGGCAGAAGAUACUAUAAGAUGCUAUAGGGUAUUGUAAUAUACUCAGGGAAAAGGUGUGAUAAAGCCUAGUUAAUAAUAACAAAUAUGUACAGGUAUUACUUUCCUGGUCUCGUAUGUAUAAUGUGCCAAUAUCCGUAUUUAAGUGCAUUUAUAUUAAGGAUAUACUUCCUCAGAAGUCCGAAACCGUCAUAAUAUUAAAUACACAACUAUCAAAUGGAAAAUAAAUUUAUUCAAACUAUGAGGAAAAAUAUAUUUAUUGUCAAAAAUGUCAUAUCAUACAAGAUACUUAGAGAGAAACUCCAUUUAAAUCUACAAACAUAGACAGAAUUAUGUAGCACACAUGUAAAAAGAUCAGUUGUUACCGGGCAAUGUGCGAGUAAUGCAUAGACUGGCAGGCAUGGUGGUUGAUCUCUUAAAUUAAUUGUGGACUUCUACAACUAAAGUCUAUAUAUUUUAAUUUUUCUAGUGGUUACAAAUAUUUUUUGAUUUGAAAAUCAAACAGAUGACCUAAUUAUGCCUGAGGGAAUAUAUCUUUAAUAUCUGUAGGUUUUUUGUAGUAUAUUUAUAUAGUUAUAUUUAAGUUUGUAGUGAGAAUAUAGAUUUGUAAAUAUUAUAAAUGUUCAAUAAGUUUUGUUACAAAUGAAUGAAAGUAUGCAGAUGUUAUUAUUUUAGACAGACAUAUAUUUUUAUAAGCUUCAUCGAACACCUUCAGUGCUUUCUUGUUUCAGUUAAUUUUGUGAUAUCAUCGUUUUUGAGGCAUUGUUGUAGACUUCUAACAUACCAUAGUAUAUUGACUAUCAUAUUGGUUUAAUAUACAUUUAAUGGAAAACAUUAGAAACAAAUUCCAUAAUUCAUUUAUCUGUCAGAUAAACUAGCUAAAUCCUUGUAGAAAACUCUUAGAACCCUUUAUUCUAGUGCCAAGCAACUAUCUGAAUCAGGUAUACAUUUGCAAUAUAGUUGUCUGGUUGAGUGUGAGAUGAGCUUCUUGACAAACUAUUUGUAUACUUAAGCGAACAUUUAUUUCCGAAACCGUUAAAUUUGAACAAACUUCUCUGAAAAAAAGUGCUUUAAUUGAGUUUCAGUAAUCCAUUUGCAAAUUAAUUUUUAUGAUACAUCGAAAGUGUGUGCCAUUCAAUAUUAAACUGUCAACAGAAAAGUUAUGCCAUUUCUAUAUUAAAGAUACAUUAUGGGAGAUUAGAUAACGAGUUGGCAGUUAUCACUAUAAUAGUUAAAAACUACAUAAUGUAAAGGCAACUUGCUGAAAAUUUCAGUCAAAUUGAUCCACUAUGAACCGAGAACUAAGCGGAUGAAAGUUCCGCUUAGUCUCGAUCAUCCUUACUGUAGUCGAUAAGACAAAACUAAUAGUCUUGAUUAUCCAUUUAAUCGUUAAUCACGAAGGAAAGUUUUGCAGCAAAUCGGACUGUAAUCCAACAAAUAUGGCAGGUAAGCCUUGACAUCGAGAGCUGAUUAUGGUCUGGAUAAGUUAAUUAAUGUCUAAUUAAUAGUUUUUAUAACAUUUCAGGCCUAAAGAAAGACCUACAAUAGGCCAAUUUUGCUCUUGCAUAAUGUAUGUUUAAACUGUCAGCGGUCUAUUUUUAUGCCAUUCUGUAUUAAACCAUCAACAGUGUAUAGUUAUGAAAUUCAAUCAACAGUGUAUAAUGGCAUUUUAUAUUAAACUGUAAACAGUCAAUGGCUAUGAAAUUUCUAUAUUAAACUGUCAACAGUGUAUAGAUAUGAAAUUCAAUCAACAGGGUAUAUACAUAUGAAAUUUCUAUAUUAAACUCUCAACAGUGUAUAGUGCUGACAUUAGAUCUUAAGUAGUUACUGAGUGUUAACAGUGUAUAGUUCUGACACUUCUAUAUUAAACUGUCAUUAGUGAAUAAUUAUGACAUUUCUAUAUUAAAUUGUCAUCAGUGUAUUUCAUCAUUUUUAGAAUAUAUGUCUAUACAUCUAUGUUUUUACUGUUUUGAACAUAAUAAUAUUACAGAACAAAACAGACUGCUGGAUACUGUAUAAAUUUUACUUAUUAUUAUGUUGUUUUGUUUAAAUACCGUUUAUGAUAGUCAAAUUUAUUUUUAUCAUUAUUUUUCUUUCAUUAGUAUAAAAUGCAAAUCUGUUUCUGCAAGAUUGAACAAAUUAUGAGGAUUAAGUAUUAACUAGUUUUUAUUUUUUAAAUUUUAUGCAGCCAGCAAUACAAAAACAUUCUAUAAUAUGUUUGAAAAAGGGAGCUGAUACUAAAAGCUCUGUACUUAAUCCUUUUUUUAUCAUUUAAUGAGUUAUUUGAUGUAGAUAUUGUUAGUUAUUUCACUGUUUGUACAUUUUGAUUGAAGAUUGAGACAAGAAUAUAUUACUUCCUUUUUAUUUUAAGAUUGUCAUGCUAUAAAGCUUUUGUUAUAAUACUUUAUAUGGCACUUGUUAUUCUUUACUUUAGAGCCACUACCGUCAAGAUAACUGGAAGAGUUUGGCUUUAAUUUAUAUAAACAUGUACAUGUACACUUCCCCACUGGUUUUCAAAUCAAAAGUAUGACAUGUAAUGCGAGACAAUGGUCUAUUUUCUAUAAAUAUUACAUCAUUCAAAUGCAGCUCAAUUUUAAAUUUUCCUGAGCCAUUCACUCACAUGACAUGAAAUUAACAUUAAAUGCUGGUGUCAUGCUUUUAUUUAUUGUACUGCAUUAUGAAUUUGCAUGUCCAUUUCAGUUCAGAUAGACCUAUAUUGGUCACAGAAAUAAAAUUACAGUAUAAAAUUAAUAUUAUUAAAGAUACAUUAUGUAAGAAUUAGAUAAAGAGCUAGCCAUUCUUGUUAUACUAGUUAGAAAAUAGAUAAUGUAAAAUGACUAAUUUGUAAAUUUCAUUCAAAUUACUCUAUUGCAAGUGAAGAUAUUAGCCUUUGAAGGUUUGGCAAGACGUGUUCAAUAAUUUCAACCACUGUACUGGUAGUUCGAAAUAAGUCUCACUCCUCCAUUUUAGAAUUAAAUCAAAAUAUGACUGAACCUUUCUAAUCUAUUUAAUAUUGGAGAAAUCUGAUGCCAUCGAGAGUUGAUUAUGGCCUGGAUCAGUUAAUUAAUGUCUAAUUAAUAAUUUAGAAAAAAUUUCUUCCCUAAAGAAAGACCUGCAAUAGUCAGAUUUAGCUCUUGCAUAAUGUAUGUUUAAUGAGCUCCAUAAAAAGAGCUCUUAUUUAUAAGAUUUUGUAUUUUAUUUUGUCUUUCCAUAUCUAGAACAUGGCGAUCACAAUCACUGAUUCUUCUGCCAUUAUUAUUACAGAUUUAUUUCUCUUUCCUUUCAAAAAUAAAAAUGUGUUAAUUCC